AUGUUAAGAAAAGGGAAGAGACUUUAUAUGUUCUGCCAGGCUGGCUGUACACCAAAAAAAUGGCGGCGCAGUGUCUCUAGACACCAAAGAUGGGGCCUGGCUUGCAAAGGCAGGCGCUCGCUUGAUCCCAGCCACAAGAUGAGCAAUGGACGUAUCUGUAGUCAUAACUAUGCGCUAGCAAUUGGUGACCGUGAAGAUCCGAAGUCCAGGUUCAAAUAA